CGGCCCUAGAUGGAAGUGUGAGUGAAUCGAGUAUCGAUAUUUCGGCGCGCAACCCUACGUCAUAGCGAAAUGCAAAUAAAAAGGAAAAUCGACAUGUAAAUACAAUUGGUUAACCGCACUCCGGUUGUGGUUAGUGGCAUGUUGAAGUGUUCUAGUGCAUAAACCAUGUGUUGGAAACAGAUCUCAUUAGUUUGGCUCGCCUUGACUGCAGCAUCAGCAUACAGACAGAUACAUCCUUACUCAGGGUUCUAUUCGUAUCGGGGCUAUCAGCAACCUCCACAAUUAUCGCGACGCAUAGAAGUCAGGAACGCUGAAGGCUAUGGAUAUGGCCGAUCUGACAGGGUGGCCAGCGAGAGGUCCAUACCCUUCAGCAACAGUGCCCAAAGAGUGCAGGCUCAAGAGUGGACGAGAUUCAACAAUGACGCCGCAGAAUCGAGAAACGGAAAUAUCUCUCUCAAAAUCGGGAGCAGAACAGGCAGUCUGGUUGACUCUGAGAGCGUGGUGUUCCCAGGCCCAACCUCUCGGAGGGCCUCAUUUGAGCCCGAGAUCCCGGCGGAGUGUGAGGGCAAAACUAUUUGCGAGACGGUGCACAACUAUCCACAGGAGUACGUCGAUGAAAUGCUAUCCAAGAUGACGGGUGAAAAUAACAUGUUCAACCUGGACGUAGAAACACCAGAGAUAUCGCAGCGAAGGGGGUCCUGGGAGAAUAGUAUAGAGUUGUGCGAACACACAGAGACGAUUAUCUAUCCCAAAGCAGCGAAAACUACUCAAGGCAAGUGGGUAUUAGUUGUAAACAAAGACAAUGAACCGGUACAAGGGUUUAAAGCAGAAAUGUGCACUAAGCCCAACGACGUCUGCUCGGAGAUCCUAUCGUUCCCCAGCAGCUAUAACUCGACGUGCCACCAGAAAAUGACGGAGCGCAGCAUGUGGUCGCUGGACCGGAACGGCCAGAUGAUCAAGGAGAGCAUCCUCACGCCCUCCUGCUGCACGUGCCUGCUGGUCAUCGUGUCACCGAAUGACAGGUAUAAGCGAGCUCCGUGAUAACGAUCGCCAAAACCUCAACAAGGAAAAAUCGCAACAACUCUGACAAGACGAAGUAAAUAUUUUAAAUACUCAAGUUGACACAUUUUUUUAUGGACUAGAGAAGAAUCAUACAGGAAGAAGAUUUACAACUAAGUUCUAAGCAUUUUUUCUGUGACUUUAUACAUUUAGAACUGUACAAAUAACAAAUUAAGGAAAUGAUUAGC